AUGUCUCAUCCGGACUUUAGAACUGCUUCGGCUUCGGCGGAGGGAUCCCAAGCAGCGUUUGAAACAGCGGUGGAAGUUCUAUCUGGAUUCCGGGAGGGCAACGCCAACCCCACAUCCCAACCUAUCCAUGACCACCCGCGGCUUUCGAUUGCCGCACAUCUAAUCCCACAAACAGAAGAAGAAGUCGCAUACGACCAAUGCAAGAAACUAAGCAUAAAAACGAGCAUGUCCAAAGUACGAGAAGAGCUCGGGAUUCCUUCAACAGGUAUGGCGAACGAUUACACGUGGGAUCAGUUAUCGAAAUUAGUGGACCGAACUCUAAAAGAACUAAAUUACGAAUUUGAAAGUAUUUCAAGUUUAACCAAACUCAGCCAAGCCAUUCAGAAUUCACUUGAAUGGCAAGAAUGCACCCCGCAACGACCGGCCUCAGCAUACGUACCAGUACUUAUUUACCGCUGGAAAAAGGGUAGACGAGAUCCGCCGAAGCGUCGCAGGGCCCGAAAGUUGCAUUAG